AUGUUCCUCUUCUCCAAAAAACACAAGACCCCCGUCAGCACUUACACUGACUCUUACCGCCCGCCAUGCUCUGUCAAAAAGAUGCCGGAACAGGCUCCACCAAAGCUCUGGAAAGAAAACAAGUUUGUGACACAGGGAUUAACGAUGCCCCCAGAGCAGAAUCCAGCGAGCCGAGGUCAGCCUGAGCGGCUGACUAAGACAGUAACACAGGAGUACUACAGGAACACCGUCGACACCAUUGCCUACCAGCCUGAGAAGUACUGGCGGACCAGGUUCAAAGAGACGUACAACCCAGUUUCUGUCAACGAGGACAAAUGCAUCACCUGGAGAACAGGUUCCUACAGCAGUGCAGCCUGGAAUAAGCAUUCCUCUUACCUCUCUCUCUUACCCAAGGGCCACCGUUGCUCCUUGCAGGAGACCUUCUUGCACAGCAUACCUGUGCCGUACCCCCUGAAACCCAUCUGCCUCAAUCGAUAUGAGAGGGAGAUGGUCACCAACACGCUGCACAGGAUGCCCGUGUACACUGUGACAGGGAGGGGACCCUGCCAGGGCUACUACAGCCCCUCCUCUGGGUGCUACUACUGCUUGCCAGGGACAGACUACUACAUUGAUGGGGCCCAUGCCAUCAGAAGACACCUCCACACACUAGAAGAGAGUGCUGAGUAUCCCGUGCUGCAGUUACAGCCCCAGAGCGAUGUUCUGUACAUCUACACAUCGCCCCCAGCCAUCCUUCCCGUACAGAAGCCCUAG